GGUUUGCUUUUAAUUUGGCUGGAACUGUUUGAUGCUAACUUAGUCAGAAAAACCCAGCAGGAAACUUCCAACACAAAAUUCCUGAACCAAAAGCAAUCUGACAAAACUUAGUCCAUACUACCAAGUCCUCUAGAGCUUCAUAUUCACUUUGCUUUAUAAAAGCCACAUCCUUAGCCGACCAUUUCUAACGAAUUGAACCUCAGAAAUCAGAGACACCGACCAUGGGUACCCCAACAACAUUCAUAUCAUUGUUUCUCAUUCUCGUAAUCCUUUGCACUAGUACUGUAGCAAAUGGUGAUCAUCCAGAUCAUGCUAAACCUAGUAAAGGAAUCAGAGCAGCCUAUUGGCCCUCGUUCAAUUCAUUCCCUGCUUCCUCUAUACAAACCUCUCUUUUCACGCACAUUUACUACGCCUUCCUCCUACCCGAUCCCGCCACUUUCAAACUCAGCAUCACCUCAGACGACCAAACCAAGUUACCCGAGUUCAUCGGGUCGCUCCUCAACCUAACCCCGCCCGUGAAAACCCUAUUCUCCAUCGGAGGCGGCGGUAGCAACGCAACAGUAUUCUCGGAGAUGGCUAGCACCAAACAAAGCCGUCAAGUAUUCAUCAAUUCCUCCAUUGAAGUAGCCCGGAAAUACGGGUUCCAAGGUGUUGACUUGGAUUGGGAGUUUCCGGCUAACGUGGUGGACAUGUCAAACCUAGCUCUGUUAUACAAGCAGUGGAGAAAUUCUCUAGACGAGGAAGCUAAAGCUUGCGGCAAGCCACGUCUGCUUUUAACCUCCGCCGUGUAUUACGCUUCGGAAUUUCAAGUUUACGGCGGGCCGAGAUCAUACCCGGCCGGCGCAAUAAGUAAGUACUUGGACUGGGCUAGUCCAAUGUGCUUUGACUAUCACGGCUCGUGGGAAAACUUCACCGGCGAACAUUCGGCCUUGUAUGAUUCCAAGAGUAACAUCAGUACUAACUACGGAAUCAGGUCGUGGAUCCAAGCCGGUGUACCGGCCAAGAAGCUUGUGAUGGGCCUACCUCUAUACGGGAAGAGUUGGAGGCUCCGGGACCCGAAAGUGAAUGGGGUCGGGGCGGCGGCGGUGGGCGUGGGGCCCGGGGAUGAUGGUAUAUUGCUUUAUUACCAGAUAGUUGAGUUGAAUGCUCAAAGUAACGCAACGGUUGUGUUUGACAAGCAAACCAAGUCUUACUAUUCCUACUCGGGUACCACUUGGAUCGGGUAUGACGAUGUUCGAUCCGUCGCUUUGAAGGUUCGGUUUGCCAAGUCACUGGGCUUGGGUGGGUACUUCUUUUGGGCUCUGGGCCAGGACAAAGAUUGGACCCUAUCACAGAAAGCUUCAAACGCUUGGAAAUAUGGCGGGUGAUCAAUCUGAAGGGAACUUAGAAGCGGAAUAUGACAAGUCUAGCCCACCAUUGUUUAUUUAUAUUUAUCAGGUUGUUACAUUAUCCAGUUUCAUAACUAAUUGAAUAAGCAAGUCAUUGUCGUAUUCUCAAAGCAACUCA